UCCCUCCAGAGGAGCGCACUGCUUUCUGAAGGAGCCAGUGGUUGAUGAGAAAACAAUCCAGUCAGCGUUUUGUAGUCACUUUCAGAUGACUUCCUCUGCCUCGUUAGAGAUAUUGGCAUAGCUGACAGAUCUUUUCACGCCAGUUUAAGGAAUGUUUUAGGGAGAAAUUGUCUCCAAGGGGCAAUUGGAGCGGGCAGUGUGAGCCCUUAUAAUGCGGAGAGAUCAAGUCUCAGUAGUUUGUCGGAAUGAACGCAGCGCAGACGGACCCUGAGAAACUGCUCCAUGGAUUGACUGAUUGAUUGAUUGGCAUUUGAUUUUACAUUUUUCUUCAAUAUCAGAGGAUUUCUUUCUGUGUCGUGGUUAGUGUAUUAAUAAAAAAAAUAAUCGUGGAUUACUAUUGGGGGUCGAGGAUUUUUUUUCCGGAGGUGCGUUUUUAAAGAGGAUAUUUAUUUUGUAUUUGGUUUUUUAGUUAGGUUACGCACGGGUCAAGGAUCCGAAGAGGGGAAUUAACCUUUGACAAGGUGGAAAUAUUCAUCGUUUGGACCCUAACUCAUCUCUCCAACAUGAAGUCUGUCACUGUGUGGAUGUGCGUUCACAUCUUCCUCCUGCUCUUAGUCUGUCCCCCAGAUGAGUCGGCGAGUUCCUGGGAGACUCCCUCAGCUUUGUCCAUUUCCUUGGCCAGUGGUUCUCCAGGAUCUCCGGGCACCGGGUCUGUGCCUGGAGCUCAGCCGGAGUGGGUGGACUGCAUCCAGGCGAGUGACAUGUGCAACCAGAACGCUUACUGCAGCUCUCGGUACCGGGUGAUGCGCCAGUGCCUUGUGGGCAAGGAGAAGGAAGCCAUGCUGGACAACAACAGGGAGUGCCAGGCGGCCUUGGAAGUGCUCCUGGUCAGUCCUCUGUAUGACUGCCGCUGCAAGAGGGGCAUGAAGAAGGAGCUGCAGUGUCUGCAGAACUACUGGACCAUCCACAUGGGACUCACUGAAGAUGGAGACAUGGAUGACUCAUCCCCGUAUGAACCUGUAGCUCCAAGCCGACACCACGAUGCAUUUCGCCUGGCCUCCAUCUCUUCAGGCAUGCUCACAGUGGCCCCAAAAGGUUUCCAAUGUGUCGACGCCGAGAAAAACUGCAACCCCUGUCUGGACGCGGCCAAAGCGUGCAACCUGAACAACAGCUGCAAGAGGCAACGCUCCGCCUACAUCGCCACCUGCAGCAAGGAGGACACCAACAAGGGGGAAGUCUGCAGCCAGAAGCGCUGCCACAAAGCGCUGAGGCAGUUCCUGGACCGCGUGCCCCCAGAGUUUAGCCACCGGCUGCUUUUCUGCCCCUGCCAGAGCGAGGGCUGCGCAGAGCGUCGCAGGCAGACUAUCGUUCCUGAGUGCUCGUACAAAGAUAAAGAGAAACCCAACUGUCUGGAGCAUCGCAGGGUCUGCCGCCAGGACUCUCUCUGCAGGUCUAGGCUGGCUGAUUACAUGGUGAACUGCGCAGUGACUCCGCAGACCGUGAGCACCUGUCCCAACCAAGACAAUCACCAAGCCUGUUUGGCCUCCUACGCACGGCUCAUCGGGACAGAAAUGACUCCCAACUAUGUCGACAGCAGCUUCUCCAACUGGACCGUCUCCCCGUGGUGCAGCUGUAAGGGCAGCGGCAACCAGGAAGAGGAAUGCUCCAACUUCCUCCGGGAAUUCACGGAUAACACAUGCCUAAGAAACGCCAUCCAGGCCUUCGGCUACGGGUUAGACAACAUACAGAACAGGUCUGUCCCCGGCCCCUCUGCGACAACGAAGACGGGUACUGAUUGGUCAACAGCCCCCUCAGAACAUCCCUUUGUCAUCAUCCACACGUAUCCUGAUCCAAGUGGGGUUGGCCUGGGCAAGACCCAUGGCCUGCCAGAGGACCACUCUGCCUGUCUGUGUGCCAACGUCUGGGCGCUGGUUCCCGCCCUGGCCUUGGCUCUGGUCCUGGCCCAGCAUGCCUUAUAGAAGCGCCAGGAGGAGAGAAAAGAGGUCAUCCACCCACAAGCUGAUCCCAAAAGCAGAAGGUGUUAUUUCGGAGACUGAUAUUAAGAAGGCUGAAUCUCUCUGCGGUCGACGUAAAAUGGCAUUUAUGAAAGAGGAGAAAAAAAAUAUUGAGAUUUUACAAUUGUGAAUUUGUUGUUCAUUUGAUGUAUUGUUAGGUCGGAACACGACUUUGAUGGAGCACAUGGCUUUUUAAAGAGUUCCCUUGGUAGGAGAGGCCAUUGAAGGCCAUUCUCCAGAAAUGACUCUCUCUCAGACUAAGACACAAAAUCCUGGAGGACUGAAGCUGAUCAUUUCAAAGACUUCUGCCCGUUUUCGCACCAAAAGAGGGGGAGAGGGAAUGAACAACCUAAUUAAAAGAAGACUGGAUUGACAGAAAAUAAAUUGUUGCAGAGAUAAAGGGAAUGAGCAAGAGGUAAAUGGGGUAGAGCGGUAGAGGGUGGGAGAGAGAAAGAAAGAGACAUAUUUCUGCUUUCAGUCACACUUUUUUUGUCUUGAAUUGGUUCUCGACUUAAUCUUCUCUUAGAUGAACAGACCGCAAAUCUAGGGGAUGAUUACAUUCUGUCUCUUCAACACUACUGUAAACUCUAAACUGUAAAGCCUACUCAGUGUUAUAAGUGUUGGUAUAGUAUCCGUGACCAUAAUCAAACUACCGUACAGAUCUUUCAUUUGGGUACGUUUUCAGCAGGUGGCGAAAAGAACUUAACGAUGGUGACGUAGUUAACGGUCCUUUGGUCAUUUGAGCUGUGUUUGUUAAUGACUGUGGGUGUGCGCCAAACGUCCACCUGCACAUGUGUAUUUUUCUGUCUCUAUGUAUAUAUACAACUCUUUUCUUUCAUUCAACCAAAUGAUGUAUCUUGAAUGGACUGUACUCUAAGAUGACUCUGUACUGGGACUAAUUGAAGGCCUUCAUUAUCUGCGUUUAUAUUUGUCUAUAAAGGAUUGAUCACAAAGAAUGUAUACAGGGAUGAGAUUAAACAAGCUCAAACUGCUUGGAAAGCCAUAA